AUGGCCGGCAAGCCACUCCCUCCAGCCUUACUACCAUUACUGAAGUUGUAUGAUUAUAUUAAUAACUCCACUGCCCCACCACACCAUGGCAUUGGCAUGCCAUUGGAAAAGAAACAAGUAGUGUUUAAGAAUAAUCAUGAUGCAAAGAUUAUACGCUUCAAUGACGUUGGAUCGGUGGUGCACUCAUCGAAGGAAGAGUUUGGUGGUAUUGAAAAAGCUGAAUACGAUGAUUUUAAGCUAAUGACGGAAUCUAUCAGCCUUAGUGUUGUUGAAUACAAUCAAACAAAAGAGGUCAAUACCGAUUUGAUUGAUCAGAAAUCAAGCCAAACCACAAUGAUUCCUGACGAAAAUGCAGUUAUUGGUGCGAAGUUGUUAUGUGUUGAUGGUAUUGAGAAGAAUGAUGACGAAAGUUUGAGUCUCUGUAAGCAAGGUGAUGUGAUUGCUGUGAAAAGAAAGGAAGAACAGAGUAGAACAGAGGAUUAA